AUGCUCUCAAUAAAAAUCUCAUACUAUUUCAUCCUUAUACUGAUCUAUUUAUCAUUGACUAGCACUCAGUUGAUUCAUAAACUACAAGAUAAAUUGAAAAAAGUAGCUAGCAGUCAUGGUAUUGAUACAACACGCUACGAUUAUGAAGAAAUGAUGUUAUUUCCAAAUGUUGGUUUUGAAACAAAAGAUGGCGGUUGGCGCUUAAAUGUACACGGUUGGAGAUUUCAGACGUCAAUACGAAAUAAAUUUCUUGGUAAAUCAUCAUCAGCAGCUGCUCAACGUUUAGCUCGUGUAGUGGCCAGUGAUGAACAACUUGUCUAUUUUAAUGAUACGUUUCAACGUGAGCGCUUGAAGCCAUUUAUGCUACAAGAUGAAUCGAAUGAAAGAAUCACAAUAGAAAUCGGUAAUCAAAAUUUUUCGACAAAAACAGAUAAAGAUGGACAAUUUCGAACUUCAUAUAUGUUUAAAAAUGCUGAUGUUCAAAAAUUAAAGAAAAAUCAACAAAUAGCCUAUAAAGCUAUAGGAGAUAAUGAUGAUUCGUGGAAGGGAACAAUUUAUCUGGUGGAACGGAAAGGACUGGCCGUUAUUUCAGAUAUUGAUGAUACUGUUAAAAUAUCGGAAGUGAUAGACAAAAUUCGAUUAGUGGCUAAUACAUUUAUACAUAAAUUCAGAGUUGUCCCAGGAAUGCCAGAAACUUAUCGUACAUGGAAAGCAAAACACAAUUGUACAUUUCAUUAUAUAAGUGCAAUGCCCGAUCAAUUGUAUACAUUUACCAAAGAAUUUUUCGAUGAGGAAAGAUUUCCUGAGGGUACAUAUCAUAUGAGUGGUGAACGUGACCCAGAAAUCUAUGGGAGCAUAGCACGGAUGUAUCCAAAGCGUGUACGUUCAAUAUUUAUUCGUGCUGUCAAGGGUGAAAAGGGUGACGAUGAACGAUUUUUCACCGCGUUUAAAGGCGUACCAAGAGAAAAAUGGAUGAUAUUCACGGAUUCAAGAGAAUUACCAAAAGAUUUAAGCAAUCCACCAGGUCCCAAAGGGAAAAAAACAUAG